CAGCAGCCAACGCUCACACUUCAGGAGCAACAGAAAUAUUCCAACCAUGGGCAAGAUCAUCUUCUACGAGGAUCAGAACUUCCAGGGUCGGUACUAUGAGACCAGCGGUGACUGCCCUGAGCUGUCCUCCUACCUGAGCAGGUGUCACUCCUGCAGGGUCGAGAGCGGCUGCUUCAUGGUCUACGACCGUCCAAACUACAUGGGCAACCAGUAUUUCAUGCGAAGAGGCGAGUAUGCCGACUACAUGAGCAUGAUGCGAAUGAGGGACUGCAUCCGGUCCUGCCAUAUGAUCCCCAUGUACAGGGGAGCCUACAGGAUGAGGCUCUAUGAGAGGGAGAACUUUGGUGGUCAGAUGUAUGAGCUGAUGGACGACUGCGACAGCAUCAUGGACCGUUACCACAUGUCGGACUGCAUGUCCUGCCACGUGAUGGACGGCCACUGGCUGAUGUACGAGCAGCCCAAAUACAGAGGCAGGAUGAUGUACUUCAGACCUGGAGAGUACCGAAGCUUCAGGGACAUGGGCUGGAGCGGCUCCAGGUUCAUGAGCAUGAGGCGCAUCAUGGACUCCUACUACUAAAUGAUUACUAAAUAUUCAG